AUGGUUCAACCAGCAGCUCCCAACGGGGGUUCCAGGAAGAUAUCCUUCAAUGUCUCCGACCAAUAUGAUAUCCAGGAUGUGAUCGGUGAGGGAGCAUACGGAAUUGUUUGCUCCGCUGUCCAUAAGCCAUCCGGCCAGAGAGUAGCUAUCAAGAAGAUCACCCCUUUCGACCACUCCAUGUUCUGUCUGCGCACUCUACGAGAGAUGAAACUGCUAAGAUACUUCAACCACGAAAACAUUAUAUCCAUUCUUGAUAUUCAGAAACCCCGCAACUUUGAGAGCUUCACCGAAGUGUAUCUUAUUCAGGAAUUGAUGGAGACUGAUAUGCACCGAGUCAUCCGUACCCAAGACCUUUCUGACGACCACUGUCAAUACUUCAUCUACCAGACUCUAAGAGCACUAAAGGCCAUGCACUCAGCUAACGUGCUUCACCGUGAUUUGAAACCCUCCAACUUGCUCCUCAACGCAAACUGUGACCUGAAAGUUUGCGACUUCGGUCUUGCUCGUUCUGCCGCCUCAACAGACGACAACUCCGGGUUCAUGACUGAAUAUGUUGCAACCCGCUGGUACCGUGCCCCAGAAAUUAUGUUAACAUUCAAGGAAUACACCAAAGCUAUCGACGUUUGGAGUGUAGGCUGUAUUCUUGCCGAAAUGCUCAGCGGCAAACCUCUCUUCCCCGGAAAAGACUACCACCACCAAUUGACCCUGAUUUUGGAUAUCCUUGGAACUCCAACGAUGGAGGAUUACUAUGGAAUCAAGUCCCGCCGUGCACGUGAAUACAUUCGCUCUCUACCCUUCAAGAAAAAGAUCGCCCUCAAGGCUAUAUUCCCCAAGACUUCUGAUCUGGCAUUGGAUCUGUUGGAGAAACUUCUUGCUUUUAACCCCGUCAAGCGAAUCACUGUGGAGGAAGCGCUACGCCACCCUUAUUUGGAACCUUACCAUGACCCAGAGGAUGAGCCCUCGGCGGACCCCAUCCCAGAGGAGUUCUUCGAUUUUGAUAAGGAUAAGGACACACUGAGCAAGGAACAGCUCAAGGGUACGUUGCAUCCCGCCCUCUUCCACCCGUUAUACUUUACAUCUAACUAA